ACCUAUUCAGGGCUGUUCUGUGUAGUUAUAAAUCCUUACAAGAACCUCCCGAUUUAUUCAGAAAACAUUAUUGAGAUGUACAGAGGGAAGAAGCGCCAUGAAAUGCCACCGCACAUUUAUGCAAUAUCUGAAUCUGCAUAUAGAUGCAUGCUACAAGACCGUGAGGACCAAUCAAUUCUCUGCACAGGUGAAUCUGGUGCCGGGAAGACUGAAAACACUAAGAAGGUUAUUCAGUACCUUGCUCAUGUUGCUUCCUCCCAUAAAGGAAGAAAGGACCAUAAUAUUCCUCCCGAAUCACCUAAACCCGUGAAACAUCAGGGGGAGCUGGAGCGUCAGCUUCUUCAGGCAAAUCCCAUUCUGGAAUCCUUUGGGAAUGCAAAGACAGUGAAAAAUGACAACUCCUCCCGCUUUGGCAAGUUCAUUAGGAUUAACUUUGAUGUUACUGGUUAUAUCGUUGGGGCCAACAUUGAGACGUACUUGUUGGAAAAGUCUCGUGCUGUUCGUCAGGCUAAAGACGAGCGGACAUUUCAUAUCUUCUAUCAACUCCUGGCUGGAGCAGGAGAGCACCUCAAGUCUGACUUGCUGCUUGAAGGAUUUAACAAUUACAGAUUUCUAUCUAAUGGCUACAUCCCCAUCCCUGGGCAACAAGACAAGGAUAACUUUCAGGAGACUAUGGAAGCCAUGCAUAUCAUGGGAUUUUCACACGAUGAGAUCUUGUCGAUGCUGAAAGUGGUGUCUUCAGUCCUACAGUUCGGAAAUAUUUCCUUUAAGAAGGAGAGAAAUACCGAUCAAGCUUCCAUGCCAGAGAACACUGUCGCACAGAAACUCUGCCAUCUACUGGGAAUGAACGUGAUGGAGUUCACGCGGGCCAUCCUGACACCACGCAUCAAAGUGGGCAGAGACUACGUUCAGAAAGCCCAGACCAAAGAACAAGCAGACUUUGCAGUGGAAGCUUUGGCAAAGGCCACCUAUGAACGCCUCUUCCGCUGGCUUGUUCACCGCAUUAAUAAAGCUUUGGACAGGACCAAGCGACAGGGAGCGUCUUUUAUUGGAAUUCUGGAUAUUGCUGGAUUUGAAAUCUUUGAGUUGAACUCCUUUGAGCAACUCUGCAUUAACUACACCAAUGAGAAGCUUCAGCAGUUAUUUAACCACACAAUGUUUAUCCUGGAGCAAGAGGAGUACCAGCGAGAGGGUAUAGAGUGGAAUUUCAUUGACUUUGGACUGGAUCUGCAGCCUUGCAUCGACUUAAUUGAAAGACCUGCAAAUCCCCCUGGUGUGUUAGCACUACUGGAUGAAGAGUGCUGGUUCCCUAAAGCUACUGACAAGACAUUUGUGGAAAAAUUGGUCCAGGAACAAGGAACCCACUCCAAGUUCCAAAAGCCAAGACAGCUAAAGGACAAAGCAGACUUCUGCAUUAUUCACUAUGCAGGGAAGGUGGACUACAAGGCAGAUGAGUGGUUGAUGAAGAACAUGGACCCCCUGAACGACAACGUGGCUACGCUCUUGCACCAGUCUUCUGACAAAUUUGUUGCAGAGCUUUGGAAGGAUGAGAUUCAGAAUAUUCAGAGAGCCUGUUUCUAUGACAAUAUUACUGGUCUUCAUGAUCCACCAGUGGAUCGUAUUGUGGGUCUGGAUCAGGUCACUGGAAUAACAGAGACAGCUUUUGGCUCUGCGUACAAGACCAAGAAGGGCAUGUUUCGUACCGUUGGCCAACUGUACAAAGAAUCUCUCACCAAGCUGAUGGCAACGCUCCGAAACACUAAUCCCAAUUUUGUUCGCUGCAUCAUUCCAAAUCAUGAAAAGAGGGCUGGAAAAUUGGAUCCACAUCUGGUUCUAGAUCAGCUUCGUUGCAACGGUGUUUUGGAAGGAAUAAGGAUUUGCCGACAAGGAUUUCCAAACAGGAUAGUGUUCCAGGAGUUUAGACAGAGGUAUGAGAUCCUUACUCCCAAUGCAAUUCCAAAAGGUUUUAUGGAUGGUAAGCAAGCCUGUGAGCGUAUGAUCAGAGCAUUAGAGCUGGACCCCAACUUAUACAGAAUUGGACAGAGCAAGAUCUUUUUCCGAGCUGGUGUCUUGGCACACUUAGAAGAGGAACGAGAUCUGAAGAUCACGGACAUUAUCAUCUUCUUCCAGGCAGUCUGUAGAGGAUACCUGGCUAGGAAGGCCUUUGCAAAGAAACAACAGCAACUGAGUGCACUGAAAAUCCUGCAGAGGAAUUGCGCUGCGUACUUAAAGCUUAGGCACUGGCAGUGGUGGAGGGUCUUCACAAAGGUGAAGCCUCUUCUUCAGGUCACUCGUCAAGAAGAAGAACUUCAAGCCAAGGAUGAGGAGCUAAUGAAGGUGAAAGAAAAACAGACAAAAGUGGAGGCAGAACUUGAAGAAAUGGAAAGGAAAUAUCAACAGCUUCUAGAAGAGAAGAACAUUCUUGCAGAGCAGCUGCAGGCUGAGACAGAGCUCUUUGCAGAAGCUGAGGAGAUGAGGGCGCGCUUGGCUGCCAAAAAACAAGAGUUGGAAGAAAUCCUCCAUGACUUGGAGUCCCGGGUUGAGGAGGAAGAGGAAAGAAACCAAAUAUUGCAGAAUGAGAAAAAGAAAAUGCAGGGCCAUAUUCAGGACCUGGAGGAACAGCUUGAUGAGGAGGAGGGAGCUCGACAGAAGUUGCAGCUUGAAAAAGUGACAGCUGAAGCUAAGAUCAAGAAGAUGGAGGAAGAGAUCCUACUGUUGGAGGACCAAAAUUCCAAAUUUUUAAAGGAAAAGAAGCUGAUGGAGGAUCGAAUUGCUGAAUGUACUUCUCAGCUGGCUGAAGAAGAAGAAAAGGCCAAGAACUUGGCCAAACUCAAGAACAAGCAGGAAAUGAUGAUCACUGAUUUGGAAGAGCGCUUAAAAAAGGAGGAGAAGACCCGUCAAGAAUUAGAAAAAGCUAAAAGAAAACUUGAUGGUGAAACAACAGACCUACAGGACCAAAUAGCUGAGCUGCAAGCCCAGAUUGAAGAACUGAAGAUCCAGCUGGCCAAGAAAGAGGAAGAACUGCAGGCUGCUCUUGCUAGAGGUGAUGAAGAAGCAGUUCAGAAAAACAAUGCACUGAAAGUGAUAAGAGAGUUGCAGGCUCAAAUUGCAGAACUCCAGGAGGAUUUGGAAUCUGAGAAGGCAUCACGCAACAAGGCGGAAAAGCAGAAAAGAGAUUUAAGUGAAGAGUUGGAGGCUUUAAAAACUGAACUGGAAGAUACCUUGGAUACCACUGCAGCACAGCAAGAGCUGAGGACAAAGAGAGAGCAGGAGGUGGCUGAAUUGAAGAAAGCAAUUGAAGAGGAAACCAAAAACCAUGAAGCACAGAUCCAGGAAAUCAGGCAGAGGCAUGCAACUGCCCUGGAAGAGCUCUCUGAACAACUUGAACAGGCCAAACGGUUCAAAGCAAAUCUUGAAAAAAACAAGCAAGGUCUAGAGUCUGACAACAAGGAGUUGGCCUGUGAAGUGAAGGUGCUGCAGCAGGUCAAGGCAGAGUCUGAACAUAAGAGGAAGAAGCUUGAUGCUCAGGUACAAGAGCUGACUGCUAAGGUCACAGAAGGAGAGAGACUGAGGGUGGAACUGGCGGAGAAAGCUAACAAGCUGCAGAAUGAGUUGGAUAAUGUCUCGAGUCUCCUGGAGGAAGCAGAGAAGAAAGGCAUUAAGUUUGCCAAGGAUGCGGCUAGUUUGGAAUCUCAGCUUCAGGAUACACAGGAGCUGCUUCAGGAAGAAACCCGCCAGAAACUCAAUCUGAGCAGUAGGAUUAGGCAGCUGGAAGAGGAGAAGAACAACCUACAAGAGCAGCAGGAAGAGGAAGAAGAGGCCAGAAAGAACUUGGAGAAGCAGAUGCUCGCCUUGCAGUCACAGUUGGCUGAUGCUAAGAAAAAGGUAGAUGAUGACUUGGGAACCAUUGAAGGCUUGGAGGAAAAUAAGAAGAAAUUAUUGAAGGACAUGGAGUCCUUAAGCCAGCGCCUAGAGGAGAAGGCAAUAGCUUAUGACAAGCUGGAAAAGACAAAGAAUCGCCUGCAGCAAGAGCUGGAUGACUUGAUGGUAGAUCUAGAUCAUCAGCGCCAGAUUGUUUCUAACUUGGAGAAAAAGCAGAAGAAGUUUGAUCAGAUGCUGGCAGAAGAAAAGAACAUUUCUGCCAGAUAUGCAGAGGAAAGAGAUCGUGCUGAGGCAGAAGCAAGGGAGAAGGAAACCAAAGCACUGUCUCUGGCUCGGGCUUUGGAAGAAGCCCUGGAAGCUAAGGAAGAAUUUGAAAGACAGAACAAGCAGUUGCGUGCAGAUAUGGAAGACUUAAUGAGCUCUAAAGAUGAUGUGGGCAAAAAUGUCCAUGAACUGGAGAAGUCAAAGAGAACUUUAGAGCAACAGGUUGAAGAGAUGAGGACUCAGCUUGAGGAACUGGAAGAUGAACUGCAGGCCACAGAAGAUGCUAAGCUUCGUUUGGAGGUGAACAUGCAAGCUAUGAAAGCCCAGUUUGAGAGAGAUCUGCAAGCCAGAGAUGAACAGAAUGAAGAGAAAAAGAGGAUGCUGGUUAAACAGGUGCGAGAGCUGGAGGCAGAGCUGGAAGAUGAGCGCAAACAGAGGGCUCUUGCUGUGGCAGCCAAGAAAAAAUUGGAGAUGGACCUGAAAGACCUGGAAGGUCAGAUAGAAGCUGCAAACAAGGCUCGGGAUGAAGCGAUCAAACAGCUACGUAAGCUCCAGGCUCAGAUGAAGGACUACCAGCGGGAGCUGGAAGAAGCCCGUGCAUCCAGAGAUGAGAUCUUCGCGCAGUCCAAGGAGAGUGAAAAGAAGCUCAAAGGUCUUGAAGCAGAAAUACUCCAGCUCCAAGAGGAAUUUGCUGCGUCUGAAAGAGCCCGACGUCACGCUGAGCAGGAAAGGGAUGAGUUGGCUGAUGAGAUUGCAAACAGCGCUUCAGGAAAGUCAGCGCUGCUGGACGAGAAGCGCCGGCUGGAAGCUCGUAUUGCACAGUUGGAGGAAGAGCUCGAGGAGGAGCAGAGCAACAUGGAGCUUCUCAAUGAGCGGUUCCGAAAGACCACGCUGCAGGUUGACACGCUUAAUUCGGAGCUAGCUGGGGAGAGGAGUGCUGCCCAGAAGAGUGAAAAUGCACGGCAGCAGCUGGAAAGGCAGAACAAAGAGCUGAAAGCCAAGCUGCAGGAACUGGAGGGAUCUGUGAAGUCUAAGUUCAAGGCAACAAUUUCUACUCUAGAAGCCAAGAUUGUGCAGCUAGAAGAACAGCUUGAGCAGGAAGCCAAGGAAAACAAAUUGGUGCGCCGUACAGAGAAGAAAUUGAAAGAAGUCUUCAUGCAGGUGGAGGAUGAGCGUCGACACGCAGACCAGUACAAGGAGCAGAUGGAAAAGGCAAAUGCCAGAAUGAAGCAGCUCAAACGCCAGCUGGAGGAGGCUGAAGAGGAAGCCACACGUGCAAACGCUUCCCGACGUAAACUGCAGCGUGAGCUGGAUGAUGCCACGGAGGCCAACGAGGGCCUGAGCCGGGAGGUCAGCACCCUGAAAAACAGGCUAAGGAGGGGGGGCCCCAUCACCUUCUCCUCGAGUCGAUCCGGGAGGCGCCAGCUGCACAUCGAAGGGGCCUCUCUGGAGCUCUCGGACGACGACGCGGAGAGCAAAGGCAGCGAUGUGAACGAAGCGCAGCCAGCCCCUGCCGAGUAGAGCCCCGCCGCACCAUUUGCAUGCAGAGACCUUUGACACACCAGUCGGCAGGAGGAGGAGGACUUUCCCGACCACCGAACUGCCUUGUGGCCCUAACUCUGCCUUACGAACCGUCGGCAUGAUGCUACAAGGUUACUUAUCAUAGGUCAACUACGUCUUAAGGCUCUCCGGCCUCACCAUACUGUACCCUGCUUCAGAUAUAGGUACAACUGCUUUUUUAUAUAUAGUAAACAAAAUGGGAUCGUCUCUGUUCAGUGCAUCUAUUUUCCAGAUACUCAUUGUAAAGCCAUUUUAUAAAGCAUCAUGUGAAGGAUGAAACUUUUCUUUUUUUAUCAAUACAGAAACUUCAUUCCCAGAGGGUAGGUGGUGGGGACAGACCCAUGGUCAUGACUAUGCAUGCUUUGUUGUACAGACAACAUCCUUCCGUUUCUUCUGUGCUCAGAUGGCCCUUGGCUGUGCUGAGUCUGUUGGAUCAUUGAAGACCAAACCGCACCUGUAUCUUUCUUUUCUCCUAAUUGUUGUGAUCAGCACACACACUCAGCGAGUGAACUGUGAAAAGGCCUUGGGAAGUGUUAGAGGGAAAUGUAGGGAUGAAUGAGUAGCAUCCAUUUUUAACCCGCAAUAUCAUUUUGAAGUGUUCUCAGCACCUGCUUCAUCAGUUAGUGUUCCUGCAGUACAG